AUGGCAACCAACAUCACAUGGCACGAUGGUCUGUCCCGCAAGGAGCGUAGCGAGCUCCGCAAGCAGAAGGGCGCGACCGUCUGGUUCACUGGUCUCUCUGCCUCUGGCAAGUCAACCAUUGCAACAGCUCUCGAACAGCACCUUCUCCACCUUGGUCUGCAGACAUACAGACUCGACGGCGACAAUGUUCGAUUCGGCUUGAACAAAGACCUUGGCUUCUCACCCAAGGAUCGUGAGGAGAACAUUCGCCGAAUUGCAGAGGUCGCCAAACUCUUCGCCGACUCCACAACAAUCGCCCUCACCUCCUUCAUCUCGCCCUACAAAGCCGACCGUGAGCUCGCCCGCAAGCUCCACGCCGAUACGAUCAACACCGACUCCCCACUGCCCUUCAUCGAGGUCUUCGUCGACAUUCCCGUAGAGGAGGCAGAGAAGCGCGAUCCUAAGGGUCUCUACAAGAAGGCACGAGCUGGCGAGAUUAAGGAGUUCACAGGUAUUAGUGCUCCUUACGAGGCACCAGAGAAGCCGGAGAUUCAUAUACAUUCCGAGAAGACUAGCGUUGAGGAGGCCGUUGUGAUCAUCACAAAGUACUUGGAGGACAAUGGGUUGCUCAAGGCAUAG